AGGGGGUCCAACCGAAUUGGCCUCCUUGGUUCGGGCAACUUACAACAGCUGCCCAAGUGGGUAGAGUGGCAGCAUGCGGGCCAUUCAGUCAUACCUGAUGGCAUGCCUGAAUGCAGCAGUAGACCGGAUAUUGUCCGUAACUUUGCAAGCAUUUGCCUGCAAAGUUAACAUCUCAUCGUUUCUCAAAAACCAUCCCAAGCAUCAAAGCCCAUAACAUCUAUCUUGGCUUCCAGUCGGCAAGUGUCAGAGGGUCCCCUGCGACUGUUGAGCCACGUCAGUCUCUCUAUGGGAGAACCAUGGCAAGCAAUCAGCGAUUGGAAAUAUGCGCCGGACUCCAGGCAACAUCAGGCUCUCCCCUACCAUAGGGUAUGGCUCUGAGGAAUCCUUCAGCCCUACAAUGUUCCGGCCGUGUAACUGAGCAAGUUACCGGUUUGGCUUUGGCCAAUUCUCACUGGAGAAUGUCUACUUUCUCCACAUCCCACAAACGAGGACAUUCUGGCAUAUUUCGCUUUUCACAACGUUGUCGGUCUGCUAAUCUGCCUUGGGCGCCUUGUCCUCGAUCCUUGGUCUUGUUGAUUGGCAGCUUCGAACUCACAAAGGCUACUUGCGUAUGUACGCAGCCUAGGCACCUACUCUCCCAAGUGUUGUGUGCAGGCAGAAGAGGCUUGGACGCACAAAGUCCCUGAGAUAUUCCACAUGGCCAGUCUUUUGGGCUCUACCGAAGCACGCUGUCAUCCACGAGCUCCAAUCUCCUCCCGCAUGACAGAUCAUUUGCUUGACAGUUGCUUUAUAGAGGCAAGCUGCCUAUUCCUCUUGGCUUAGGCUCUUCGGAGAAAUUACUCUUUUGGUACAGCGAGCUCUUAUCUUGCCCCUACACUGCCCUUUGGCCUCGUAACUGCCUUCAACUGCAGCCUGCCUGUCUCUUUUGUGCGCCAUAGGAAAGUUGCCCUUUGGUGAGCAGGUAAGGCAGCUAGCUCUAGGAGGCUGACAACCAUAUGCCCAAGUUGAAUCUGCAAUUGGCAUCGAAAACACAAAACACAACUAAUGCUCUUUUUCUGUCCGGCGAACAUCUAUUAUACCCGAACUCGUGAGUCAUUGCUAUCACCCGGUGCCUAAGAUAAGAAGGUCCUCCCCAAAGAAUCCCAUUCCUUUUUUCUGCUCACGAGAAAUGGUUACAUUGAAUCAUAUGGGAUCGGUAAGUUCAUCCUUUUCAUCCUUCCCUUUCAGGCUACCAACCUUGGCAUUACCCGAUUUGGUAGAGCUGUGGCGCAAAGUGGCUAUGCACUCGGUGGCUUAAAUUUCGCCUGAUCACGCGUCAUUACGCGCCAAGGGCGGCCUCGGUCGUAGGUUUUUAUGCAUGACUCAGCUUGACCAAUUGGAUUGAUUUGUGGCUUACCUAUCCUACUACCGUACCCAUGCGGGCUGGUGGUGGCUAAAGUACCUACCUGCCUUUCCAUGACAAGAAUCGAGAUCCAUAAAUCUAAGGCUAACAUCGAACCGCAUCACAUCCAAGAUCUCGACAAGCCGCAGCCGACAACAAGUACAACCGCUAAGCCCAUUAUACGGCAUAUAUCAACGCUGCUGCUACUCUGUCCCUCACCGGUGCAGCUUCACUGCGGCUGUGGGUUCUGGGCCAGGUCGUAUCACGCAAGCAGCAGCACACCACUUGGAGCUCAACCCGCCUGAGCCACGCCCAUUAGACAGGAGGCUUACCUUGGAGCUUCCUCAUUUUCAUCAUGAGUGUGGCAUACGAACCCCGAAACUUCAUACACGAUGGCAGCUAUCCACCCAUCGGAGACACGCACGACAUGACGGACCUACAGGGUGUUCACGAGGUUCACGACGUUCAUGAAAGUCAUAGUGUCCACGAAGCACACGAAGUUCACGAACACCACGAAGUUCAUGAUACCCAUGACUUACCCGAUGUUCACGAUGUCCACGCGGUGCAUGAGCUGCAAGCGGCCCAGGGUGUGGCGGACGUAACCGAUGUUACCGACCUGCAAGACCCUCAUGAGCUCCACGAUCCGCACAAUGUUCAUGAGGUUCAGCACGAGGUUCACGAAGUUCAUGAUGUACAUGACGUCCAUGACGUCCAUGAGCUGCAGGCAGAUGACGGCGCACAGUUCGACGAUGCAGAUGUGGUGACGGAGUUGGCAGCUGCGGUUAACGGCUAUCAUGACCACGGACCUGAGCAGCUGAUGGGAGAGCCGGAACAAAGAAUGGUUUUGGUACAUGGACUUCCUGAUGUGCCGGAGCCACCGCAGAUGUCUCCAGAGAUGGUGGUGAAAGAAGCCGAGUCUCCUCAACCGACAGGAGCACCACGGAUGAAGGCAAUACCCAAGCCUGCCCGCCAAGCCACAAAGAACCUUACCGGAAAAUUCAUUUGUACAUGGCCGAACUGUAACGAGGAGAUUCGAGAAUUCAGCCGCAAAUGUGAAUGGAAUAAACACAUGGACAAGCACGAUAGGCCCUAUAAAUGUACGGCGGAAGGUUGUGAAAAGCUUCCGGGCUUUACUUAUUCUGGUGGUCUUCUGCGUCAUGAGCGCGAGGUUCACGCAAAGCACGGGGGGCCCAAGAACCCUCUCAACUGCCCUCAUCCAACCUGCAAGCGGCACACGGGCAAAGGCUUCUCGCGCCAAGAGAACCUCAACGAGCACCUGCGGCGGUGUCAUCGUAAUGGCUCCCCAUCUAACGCCGAGGGCGACACGGAUGACGCGGCAAGUGAGGCGGGUGUUAAGCGAAAACGCGAGACCGAGGAUGACGUUGCUGAGCUGCGUGCUGAAGUCAAGAAGCAGCGACUCGAGAACGAUGAGUUGCGGCAAAAACUGGACACUCAGACGCAACAGAUCGCCGCAAUGAUGCAGCAAAUCACAGAUCUCCAAGCACGCGACCUAAUGCAGUGAGAACUAUGUCUACGUUCCUACGACCUAGGUUUUUUCGUGACUAGGCAUUGACUGGACGAGGCGACGACCUGUGACGACCCAUUAUCCGAUCCACAUACUUCUUUUUUUUUUCGGCAUCAAACGCGAAAUCGUCCAUUUUUCAUGGUUUUCCUUGCGAUUUUCCCAGGUCGGAGUUCCGGACGACCUUUCAGCCAACCCUGCGGCUUCCUCGGAUUAAGGGAGGUGCGCAGGUCAGCAGCAAGCAUCCUAGCAUAUGUCAGGCGUUUUCUUUUCCGGAUUGGGUUUUGUCUCUUCCUCUCACCGUGCUUUCCGAGCAGGCGAUAUGCGUGGACGGGGCUGUGAACCACUCAGCACUAAUCUUAUGGUCUUACUCUACUUGAUACCAGAUCCGUAGAGCAGGUAACUCCAGAUCGGAUCUGGUCUAGAUGCCACCAAACACUUUUUUUCCUUUUUAAUGUUUUGCCCCUUAUUUCUGUUCAUCCAAGCCUCCGAGUGUGUGGCACGCAGCAUCAUAUGAGACCCCAUUCCCCGUUUCCUCGUCCCUUUUUCAUCGGCGUUUAUUGGCUGUAUAUUAUUAUAGACUCUACUUCACAAUACCCCGUUUCCAUCUUUCUGAACCUUCUAUUCUCUUAUAGAACUUUGUAUAUACAGGCUUGCGCGACACACGGCCAUUCUGACACAAAUUUGUUUCUGGCAAGGCAUCAGAGUCUCAACUCUAUAUUUAAGGUCUAUUGGAUAUCCUGUCAGCUGGCUCCCCCACCCCUGAUGAUCCGCACUUGUGGCGGAGCAUACGUGACGUUGACCUUGGGUGGUAAUAAGCAAUCCUGUCUUGGAGCUCUGGGUUCGGUAGAGACAGUGCUGCCUAAGUUUCACUGAAGAAUUGAUUGCGUUAUCGUCUUUCUCUUGUUCCUGUUGACUUUAUCCAGAUUUGCCAUUAGACACGCACCUUUCCUUGCAUCAAGCAUCGCCAAUAGUUGCCAAAAGUACCUAUCAGUUUUACAACCCA